AUGUCUGACAUGGAUGAAGAUGCAAUGUUGUCAGAUGUAGAGGGAGAGGAAGAAACACACCAGGAAGAAGCCGGAGAAGAAGAGAAGGUACAGGUUUGCCAUUUGACCCAAGAAACCAUAAGUCAGGGGCUCUCAUUGCUGUGCCGAACAGGAAAUGGACUUGGACAUGCAUUUAUCAAAGUGGACUUAAAAGACAAAGGACUGAAUGACAUAGCUGCAAUCAGCAAUUAUACUCACCUACGUUUCUUGGAUGUAUCCAACAACCACCUCAUUGAUCUUUCUCCUCUGGCAUCUCUGACUCAGCUGCUCUGGCUGAAGGUUGACAAUAAUGCUGUGGCAUGCUUCAAAGGGCAACCUUUCGCUCAGCUGACCUUCCUGCAGUGGCUGAGUAUGGCAGUGAAUCGGCUAACGGGCCUGGACGGCCUGGUGGGGCCUGCGCUGGAGAGCCUCAAUCUUACAGGUAACGGCAUUCAGAGAGUGAAUGGUCUCCAAGGUGGCUGUUUUGCCAACCUGGUAACUCUAGAGCUGAGGGGAAACCAGUUGGAUACCACUGAUGGCUUCAACCUUCCCAACCUGCAGCGAUUGUAUCUGGCCCAAAAUGUUAUCAAGCAUCUGGAGGGUUUAGAGAGGUUGGAGCGCCUCACCACCCUUCACCUUCGAGACAACCAGCUAGAUACUCUGAAUGGCCUCAGCUCCAACAUGAAGUGUCUCCAAUAUCUCAAUGUCAGAGGCAAUGUAAUCGUAGAGGAGAAUGCCCUGCAAAGCCUUGCACUCGUGUCAAAAACGCUGCGAGCUUUGGUCCUCUCUGAGAAUCCUCUUGCGGAAACAACAGACUGCCGGCUGAGUGUACUGAUGCUCCUGCCACAGCUGGAGCGACUUGACAAAGAUCCCGUCUCUCCCGAGGAGAGGACUGAGGCCCAGGAGAGACUCAAGGAACUUAAAGAAGAGGAAAUAUCUGAACCCUAAGAUUUGAAAUGGUGGCAAAAAUGAGGAAGUGUUGGACUUCCUUGAAAACACAGGCCUGGUGUAUAGAUAGGUGACAGUGAUUGUGUUGCAUGAAAUGCAUACCUUGAUAGAAAACCUUGUAAGAUGCACUUAUGUGUGCAUUAGGGAUGCUUGUGUCAUGUUCUUACACUAUGAGAGCCUAUUUUUUAAACAAUAAAAUUGUGAAAAUGUA